CUCUGCUCAUUGCGGUGGUUGUUAUUUUUUUGGUUUCCGUUUUUAUUCGCCGUUUAAACUUGGUCGUGAGAGGGUAAGCCUCCAAUCCGCCGCCCCGCGAUCGUGUCGUCUUAGUGGAAAAAGUGCAUAGUGAAGACGGAACACUGGCCGCCAACAUAAAUCUGCAGAUUCUCCAGCACAUCUUGAUGGCCCCCGUGAGCGCUAUCUCUGGCCGAUCGCCCAGUGCCACCAAUUCGUUGCAGGAUCUGAGCGCGGCCGCCGCUGCCAUCGCCCUGGACAUGACUCCCAAGGUGGAGCUGAUGCCCCUGUCGUCCUCCACGGCUGUGGCGCCCACGCAGAAGAUCAAGAAAUUGGUGCGACGAAACGCCUCCGACAAACUAAAGCUCAUCCAAAUGGUGCACGACAACCCCAUUUUGUGGGACUCGCGGCUGCCCAACUUCAAGGGCGCCGAAGAGGAAAAGAACCGCGCCUGGGAGCACAUCGGACGCGAGUUCAAUGCUCCGGGUCGCCGAGUGGCGCGGGCCUUCAAAUCUCUGCGAGAAUCCUAUCGCCGGGAGCUGGCCCACGUCAAAAUGAUGGGCAACGGCUUCAAGCCCAAAUGGAGCCUAUACGAAGCCAUGGAUUUUCUGCGAGACGUUAUCAGAGAGAGAAAAGGCGCCUCACAUGCCACAGAUCUCAGCUUGAGCGCCUAUGCUGCUCAUCUGCACAACAACAAUAAUAGCCACAAUAACAACAACCACAGCAUUCUGGGAGGAGGAGCUGGUGGCAAGGGAGGCGCCAUGAAGCUAUCCUCAUCCUUCAACGAUUCGGCCUCUGCACUGAAUCUGUCCAAGUGCUCCACCCUGAAUGCGAGCGGCGACGAUUACUAUUGCGAUUACUACGUGAAGCCGGAGCUGGAUCUCUCGACGGGGGGCGGGGCCGGCAGCAGCAGCAGCGGAAGCUGCUCGGGAGCUGGCGGAGGGCCGCCCGCUUUGCCCCAGCCAGCCCAUCAGCACCAGGCAAAUAACGACAGUCGGGUGAGCUCCACCAGGAAUGAGAAUCAUCACCUGCAGCAGAGCUACGACGACAUGGACGCGAGCUCGUUGCGGAGCGGCGACGAGGAUGUCGAUGCCGGCAAUGGCUCUGAUGGGGUGGAGGAGCUGGAGGCUAUUGAUGCGGACUUUCCCUAUCCCCUUAUACUUGACUCGAACUCGCCGGGGAGCACCAAUGCCGGCGUGGAUGAGGUGGCUUCCUCGCGUAAGCGCCGUCGCAAUGGCGAGCAGGAGGACCUGGACGACGGCGAUGCCGACGCUGAUGGCGGUGUCAUCGACGGCGAUGACUAUGAAGAGCAGAUGCUGCAGCAGCAUCGGCAUUUGCGUCAGCAACAGAAUGCCGCUGUCGGCACCGGGGGAUUGGAUCUGCCGCCACCACAAACUGUUCGCGAGGUCCUCAACUCGAAGUUCUGUGGCUUCAUCUCCGCCAAACUGAACAGCAUGGAGGACUCCGAGGCGGAUAACCUGAUGAACCGCAUUCUCCUUUUACUCGUGCAAAUGCAGCAAUGCGAAGGAUCUGUAAAGUAGAGACGCACCAGGAGGCGGUUUCGGGAUCUAGUUUUUAUUAGCGAAGAAAAGCCCAUUAUGGACUAAUGCGGCUGCUCAAAGCAAAUAGUUUUCUUGCCAUUCAUUUUGCUCCCCCAUUUUGCCAUAAGAAAAGUAAUGCCAAAACUGUGCCAUACCAAAAAGAAUCGAACAAAUAUGCAACUGAAGGAACUGGUUAUCACCUAUAGGGAUCGUAUCGUUCCUGCUCUCAUAUCAAUAACUACAUCGUAGACAUGGAAAACAUACACUCAAAGCAAAGACAACACAAAGACAAAGACAAAGAGAAACACAAAGACAAAGAGAAAGACAAAGAAAGUAAGAAGGUUAAGAGAAUUAGUUUAGUGUAAAUGUAAAUGUUAAUUUCGUUCUAAGCCCCGGAUCAACUGCAGAACUAAUGCCAACAUCUCAUCACAUGAAAAAGAGGAACACUGCACGAAGUAGAAUACUUUUUUUUUUUUUUUUGUAUAUCCUCUAAGAAUAUUAAUUCAAAACACUCUUUGAAGUUCGUAGUAGAACACAUGUGUAGGUACAGAACACCGCAUACCGAAUAUUUACUAUAUGUUAGCCUUAAUUUCUUUCAUAUAAAGAACAUAUUUAUAAUUUCAUUUUUUUCGUAAUUAUCUAAGCACAAACCUUGCCAUAUUUUGUAAAUCCUGGAGAAAAUAUACAAAAUGCUUUAAUAAACACACAAAAUCUAGUA